AUGAUGCCUCUCGCACCGACCCCUGUGGUGGCGGUGCCAUCGAAGCCGAAGAUCGGAUUCAGUAUAGACAGUAUAGUGGGUGGGUCGGAGAGGCCGAAGCAGACGUCGCCACCGCUGGCGAGCCCGGGGUCGCCGUCACCGGUGGCGUCACCGCGCAGCCCUUCGCCACGGCCCUUGUUGAGACCGAGUGCGUUGCCGGCUGUGUUUCCGACUCCUGAACUUAAGAGACUGCCGUACUUGGAUGCUCAGAGUCAUCACCACCAGUUUCUGGCUCAUUUCCAAGGAGCUGCGUUGGCUGCUGCUUUAGCACAUCAACAACAAGGCUUUGGAGCUCCUCUUCCACCGCAUCCACCCCCUCAUCCUGCCGCUGCGGUACACAGAGAAUCUUACCAGCUAUACCCGUGGCUUAUGGGCCGGCAGGGAAGAAUUUUCCCUCACAGGUUCCCUGGCGGUCCAGACAUCCCCGGUUUUCUUCUUCAACCGUUCCGAAAACCCAAACGGAUCAGAACGGCAUUCUCGCCGUCCCAGCUUUUGAAGUUGGAACACGCUUUUGAGAAGAACCAUUAUGUAGUUGGAGCAGAGAGGAAGCAGCUGGCACAGGCGUUGAGCUUGACUGAGACCCAGGUGAAGGUCUGGUUCCAAAACAGACGAACUAAACAUAAAAGGAUGCAACAGGAAGAGGAAGCGAAGACUGGCUCUAAAUCUGGCUCCACCAGUUCGAAGCCAGACGACAGCAGUCAAUUUAACAACUCGUACGAAGAGGAUGAAGAACUGAUAGACAUGGAUAUGGACGAUUUAAGUGAGAGUGAUCCUGAAUCAUAA